UCAUCUGGCAGAAUAGCGGGCACUGGGUCACCAAGCUCGACAGCGGGCACCGAGUCAUCUGGCACGACAGCGGGCACCGAGUCAUCUGGCAGGACAGAGGGCACCGAGUCAUCAGAUAGGACAGACAAGACAGCGGGCACCGGGGCGUCAGGCUGGACCGCGGGCUCCGGGCCAUCAGGCUGGAUCGGGUCAUCAGGCUGGAUCGGGUCAUCUGGCUGGAUCGGGUCAUCUGGCUGGAUCGGGUCAUCUGGCUGGAUCGGGUCAUCAGGCUGGAUCGGGUCAUCUGGUUGGAUCGGGUCAUCAGGCUGGAUCGGGUCAUCAGGCUGGAUCGGGUCAUCAGGCUGGAUCAGCUGGAUCGGGUCAUCAGGCCGGGUAGGAUCAUCAGGCCGGGUAGGAUCAUCAGGCCAGGUAGGAUCAUCAGGCUGGGUAGGAUCAUCAGGCUGGGUAGCG